AAUAGAUUUACAUAAUUCAAUUCCAGCUUUACAUCCGCGUCCUUCUCUCCCUCUUACUUUCUCUUUCUUCCUCUCUCUCUCUCUCUCUCUCUCUCUCUCUCUCCCAUAUCUCUCUGUUAGGGUUUCAGGCGCCGCUUUUACUGUGUGCGAUCUGAAAGUGCAGUCCUUGCUCUCUCACCAGCCAUCAUCUCGGUCCUUCACAUAUAGUUAUGGCAAUGGAAGUCACCCAAGUUCUUCUCAAUGCACAAUCAGUUGAUUCAACUGUUCGGAAACAUGCAGAAGAAACACUGAAGCAAUUUCAGGAACAAAACCUUCCCGGUUUUCUUCUAUCGCUAUCUGGGGAGCUUGCAAGUGAAGAGAAGCCAGUUGAUAGUCGUAAAUUAGCUGGUUUGAUACUAAAAAAUGCUUUGGAUGCCAAGGAACAACAUAGGAAGUAUGAGCUUAUGCAAAGAUGGUUAUCACUAGAUGUGGCUGUCAAGACCCAGAUUAAGGCAUGCUUGUUACAGACCCUUUCUUCUCCUGUUCCAGAUGCCCGUUCAACUGCUUCCCAAGUGAUUGCAAAGGUUGCCGGCAUCGAGUUGCCACACAAGCAAUGGCCUGAGCUGAUAAGUGCACUAUUGACAAGUAUUCACCAGGUUCCAGCUCAUCUCAAGCAAGCUACUUUGGAAACUCUAGGGUAUUUGUGUGAGGAGGUGUCUCCUGAUGUUGUGGACCAGGACCAAGUAAAUAAAAUACUUACAGCUGUAGUUCAGGGUAUGAAUGCAACUGAAGGGAAUGAAAUCCGGCUUGUUGCUACUAGAGCAUUGUAUAAUGCUUUGGGCUUUGCUCAAGCAAAUUUUAACAAUGAUAUGGAGCGUGAUUUUAUUAUGAGAGUUGUUUGUGAGGCUACUCUCUCUCCUGAAGUCAAAAUUCGACAGGCUGCUUUUGAAUGCUUAGUGUCAAUUUCAUCAACAUACUAUGAGAAAUUAGCUCCAUACAUCCAAGAUAUUUUCAACAUAACAGCAAAGGCUGUAAGGGAGGAUGAGGAGCCUGUUGCUCUUCAAGCCAUUGAGUUCUGGAGCUCAAUAUGUGAUGAGGAGAUUGAUAUUUUAGAAGAAUAUGGGGGUGAUUUCACUGGUGACUCUGAUGUUCCAUGUUUUUAUUUCAUUAAGCAGGCUCUCCCUGCUCUAGUUCCUAUGCUUUUAGAGACACUUCUUAAGCAAGAGGAAGAUCAAGAUCAGGAUGAAGGUGCUUGGAAUCUUGCAAUGGCUGGAGGAACUUGCCUUGGUUUGGUUGCUCGCACAGUUGGGGAUGAGAUUGUCCCACUUGUCAUGCCAUUCAUUGAAGAAAACAUUACAAAACCUGAUUGGAGGCAGAGAGAGGGUGCCACAUAUGCCUUUGGUUCCAUCUUGGAAGGUCCCUCACCUGAUAAGCUAACACCUAUUGUCAAUGUUGCACUAAACUUCAUGCUUGCUGCUUUGACCAAAGAUCCCAAUAGUCAUGUCAAAGAUACGACAGCUUGGACUCUGGGUAGAAUAUUUGAGUUUCUUCAUGGAUCAAUGGUUGAAACACCUAUUAUUACCCCAGCAAACUGUCAGCAAAUUAUUACAGUUCUCCUUCAGAGCAUGAAAGAUGCUCCAAAUGUUGCUGAGAAAGCAUGUGGUGCUCUCUAUUUUCUCGCACAGGGCUAUGAAGAUGUGGGCUCAUCAUCUCCCUUGACCCCUUUCUUUCAAGAAAUUGUACAGUCUCUUCUUACAGUCACUCACCGUGAAGAUGCUGGAGAGUCUAGGUUAAGGACUGCUGCAUAUGAGACACUGAAUGAAGUUGUGAGGUGUUCAACUGAUGAAACAGCACCCAUGGUGUUGCAACUAGUACCUGUCAUCAUGAUGGAGCUCCACCAGACUCUCGAGGCACAGAAGCUUUCUUCUGAUGAAAGGGAGAAGCAGGGUGAGCUGCAAGCUCUUCUUUGUGGUUGCUUACAAGUCAUUAUUCAAAAACUAGGAGCGUCAGACCCAACAAAAUAUGUGUUUAUGCAGUAUGCAGAUCAGAUCAUGAAUCUCUUUCUCAGGGUUUUUGCGUGCAGAAGUGCUACUGUGCACGAAGAAGCUAUGCUUGCCAUUGGAGCCCUUGCUUAUGCAGCCGGUCCUGAUUUUGCUAAGUACAUGUCAGAGUUUUACAAGUACCUGGAAAUGGGUCUUCAGAAUUUUGAGGAGUAUCAAGUUUGUUCUGUCACAGUUGGUGUUGUGGGUGAUAUAUGCAGAGCAUUGGAGGAUAAGAUUCUGCCUUUCUGUGAUGGUAUAAUGACUCUGCUUCUCAAAGAUUUGUCAAGCAACCAGCUCCACCGAUCUGUGAAGCCUCCAAUUUUUUCGUGCUUUGGAGACAUUGCGCUGGCAAUAGGAGAGCAGUUUGAGAAGUACAUAAUAUAUGCUAUGCCUAUGCUACAUAGUGCAGCUGAGUUGUCUGCCCACACAUCUGGUGUUGAUGAUGAGAUGAUAGAGUACACCAAUCUUCUUAGAAAUGGUAUCUUGGAGGCAUACUCUGGUAUCCUGCAGGGAUUCAAGAAUUCUCCAAAGGCCCAUCGACUCAUCCCUUAUGCACCUCACAUUCUGGAGUUUCUGGACAGUAUUUACAUGGAGAAAGACAUGGAUGAUGUGGUGACAAAAACUGCUAUUGGAGUCCUUGGUGAUCUUGCAGAUACACUGGGCAGUGAAGCUGGUUCUUUGAUUCAACAGUCAGCGUCAAGCAAAGACUUCUUGAAUGAAUGUUUGUCCUCGGAAGACCAUUUGAUUAAGGAAUCUGCUGAGUGGGCCAAGUUGGCCAUAACUCGUGCAAUUUCAGUUUGAGGCAAUGGCCACCUGGUAUAUAAUUUUUCUUAUUAGAAGUCCCUGCAUGCAUAUGGUUGUGUCGAGUCAGGUCCAAGAUUGCAUUCAUGUGUCAAGUCAUUGCCAUUCUAACGACGGGGAGCAAUUAGUGUUCACAUUGCCACUAACUCAUGCAUCAGCAUCAAUGGGGUCCGUUCUUUGUUUUAACGAGUGGGUCAAUGGGUCGGUUACUGGCAUCUGAUAAGUUGUUGAAGGCCUUGAGUAAGAAUAUUUAUCUAGAGUCAUCGAGUGCUAUAAAAUUGGGGUUGGGGGGGCAAGUUUGCACUGAAUGGACAAGUCAAGGCUGCUGGUGCAUUGGUUUUUUGCAGGUCAACCUGGUCUUCAUGCAAGAAGUGCCUUAUGGUGCUGCUGUUUUCUCCAAGGGGUUAAGGUGUCAAUGUACAAGUCCAAAGUUUUUGUAGUCUGCACUUUAAGCCCAUGUUUUUUUUUUCUCCAUAUCAUCAAAUACUCUUGUUUUUAUUUUUUUGGGGGUCAGUCUACUGUUGUAUUGUCAUAGUUGGUAUUGUCAUAGUUUGGUUGCAUCCUGUUUUUCAGGUUGGAUUGCAUCUCAUUCAUUUCUUGUCCUCAUCCCCUCGUGAGGGUGAGGUUAUAUGUUCUUUAGUUAGGCCAUUUUGAUUCGCAUAUUUUGUUUUUCAUUCUUCCCGGUUGUUUACAGCUAGGCAUUUUGGCAAGUCAAUGUUAGAAAGUACUUUGCAUCCAUGAAACAUAUGCUGUGAUCUUAUGCGGUCCCCUUUUGAUUCCCCUUCCCUCUUCCCCCCAAACCACACCCAUUUGCGUCUUGUUUUGAAUAUGGAAUAUCUUACGAAUUUUGGUUGUUAUAUAUAAAAAUGUAUCUGGGAAACCCCUCCACCUAUUUUAUUGCUUUUUUUUUUUCCCCCUUUUCUUUUUGUAAUUUAUUUGUUAAAUGGUACGCAACAUAGUGGUUGAACUUGUUUUGUAAGUGAAGAAGAUACUUGAUACUA